AUGACAUAAACGAACAUCAGGAACUAUCCAUGCCAAACUCAAGAGCAGUCCAUUGAACGCCUCAGAAUGGUUUUAGAAACGAUUUCCAGGAUAAUAAAAGUCCAGCUCCCAGCCUAUCUCAGACGGCUCCCGCUGCCUGAAUCCAUCGGUGGAUUUGCACGAUUAACAGUUUCAGAGUGGCUUCGGUUGCUGCCUCUUCUGGGUAUCCUGGCAUUAUUGGGUUAUCUCACCAUUCGACCUUUUCUGCCAAAGAAGAAGAAGCAAAGAGACAGUUUGAUCAACCUCAAAAUCCAGAAGGAGAAUCCUAAAGUGGUCAAUGAGAUAGACAUCGAGGAUCUGAAUAGUGCGAAUGUCUGUUACUGCCGCUGCUGGCGCUCCAAAACGUUUCCUGUUUGUGAUAAGUCACACUUAAAGCACAAUGAGCUGACUGGGGACAACGUGGGACCACUCAUACUCAAAAAGAAAAUUUUAUAAUGUUCAUGUUAGGAUGUUGUCUUCUUACAUUUUCAAAAACCUAGCAAUUUGAAUGGCCUUUAUGAUGGUCCUGUUAAUAAAUAGCCUGAUAUUUACACACGCGCGCACACACACACACACACACACACACUCCCAUACUGUAUAGUGUUAAGCUUAUGGCUAUUCUUUUUUGUCUCUGCCUUUGCCUGUUUUAGUCUUGAUCCUAGUGGGACCACAAACUGUCUGUGUGCCAUUUGUUAAUACAUUUACAUAAUACAUCUUAAUAUCCUGUAAAUAAUAUACGCAAUAAGCAUACAUUUACAGAUAUUUGCUGGUAACAACCCAUGCUGUGAUGUUCCAAAAAUAGAGGAAAAUGCUGGCAGUAGGAAGUUGCUUAAGUACAUUCUUAAACGAAUCCCAGCGAACUGCAAUCUAUUUAAGUUAUUGAGUGUUUAUAACAAUGUAACUUUAUACUGAAUUUAUUAUUUUUACAGGUUUGAGUAACUUCUUGUUUUAGAAAAAAGGUUUAUUACAUCAGCUAUAUAUUUAAAAGUUGUCACUGAAAUAAAAGCAUUUUUGAGGAAAUGAAAUAAUCUCAUUAAUCUCUAUUUGAAAUAGUAAUUGCCUUUCUGUAUUCACUGUCAUGUGGAAAAGUUAACACACAGUUAAAGAAACUCCUGGAGACCAUGGAGCUAGCCAAGGUCUGUGCACUGACUAUGAAAUGGUUAAGAAACCCCUUAGGGAAAUAUGAAAAUCACUUGUGGGCUUGAUAUUCCUGGCUGGAGUGAAAAUGUUCUGUGUACCACUGAGACAGACAUGCCCUUACAUCUGGUCUAAAUUAAACCAAUAAUUUCAGGAAGUACCAGCACAAACCUGGAGGCUCUAGUGUGUUGCUUAAGGGCAACCACAAUCGCCACUCAUUGCAUUCAAAUGACCCCUUAACAUCUGGAAUGCCUACAGUUUACUCAAGUAAAAUUGACAUUUAUAGUUCUUCAAUUAGAAAUUCAAAUAUUCAGAUGCAUAAUAAAUAAAAUCAUCAGGUGAAAUAGCUGCAAAGUUUGAUGCUUAACAUUUGAGUGGAACUACAAUUUAUAUUCUGAAUUGACAAGGUACUGUUUUUUUUUCCCCUUUUUUGUGUAAAUAAAUCCAAAUGUUUGUUUUACCAGCAUUUAUUGUUUAUUAAAAACUAUUAUUAGUAGUAUCAAAUAGUUGACUAAAACAAUUUUUAAAAAAGCUUUAAAUUACACUGCAUAAUUUUG